GAAUCUAUGAAUAAUCUGAUCUCAUCUCUAAAAAGAACAAACCACAAAAAGAUGGUCACUCCUGAUACGAUGAGAUCGGGAGGAGAGAACCUGAUGCUUACUUUCCUGAGCAUCUCUAGCAAAGCAUAAGAUCCUUGAUUCUACUCCACCUGAUAAACCAAGAAGGAUCAUUCUCACAGAACCUGCAACUCCAUUCUCUCUUCCAGUUCCAGCUGCGAGCCCAGCAACGACUCCGGCCGCCAACUCGCCGGCGAGAUGAGCGGCCGCCGGCCGGAUGGGAGCUACGGGCCGGAGUACGGCCCCCAGCCUCUUGAGCAAGACCAUGGAUUGUACCAUCACUGGCCAUCCAGGGGGAGAGCUCCAUGGCCUCUCUACCAUGGCAGGGAUUAUCCUGGGAGGACACUGGAGCAAAGGGUGACAAGAGAACCUUUUGGAUUUUCCAGAAUCCUCCACAUCAAUGGCAGUAACCUGAGGCCGCGACAAGAGAACCCUGGACUCACUGGUGCCGAGUUCGAGAAGGCGAUGGAGCAGCUCAAGAAGCAGGUAUACAUGCCGUCAGACCUUCAGAAGACUGCUGCUGCCUCCAAGACAGGAGGCAGAGGACUCUCACAUACAAAGAAUGCAAGAUCUGAGCCAAUUCCAAACAACAUGGAAGAGGAGAAGGCAUGUACCAUAUGUUUGGAGACAUUCCUGGCCGGGGAGAAGGUGGUGGCCACACCCUGCAACCACAUUUUUCACCAGGGGUGUAUCACCCCCUGGGUGAAGGGGCAUGGCAGCUGCCCAGUGUGCCGGUUCAUGCUAUGCGAGAGGAACGCCGUCUCCGACAACAGCCACAGCAGCGUUGGAGAGGUCGAGGUGGAUCUGGACCUGCUGGAGAUGAUGAGGGCCAUGGAGGAGGUGUUCAGCCGGGUCACAUUCUCAAACUUCAUGCCAUACCAUUAGAUGAAUCAGCAACAGGUCAUGAAGACAUGAAUGUAUGGUAAUUCCUCUAUUACUACCAUGGGUGUGCUACUAACUUGCAUAAUAUUCCACUAAGAAUUUCAGCAAGAUUUCCUACCUAGCAAUCUUGUCACACUGCAUUGUGAAAUCAGAUAAUGCAGAGA